CCGCUGUUGAGAUACUUCGGGUUUCUCAUCAGCAAUUUUUCCGCGAGCAGAUUUUUAAGCUCGUCCUCGUUCAAUGUUCUCUUAAGGCUUACAGAAGUUAGUUCCUACCCUUGUUCCCGAAAGCUUAGGUUUGAAAAAAAUGGAAGCAAACCGCGAGGGGGGUUUAGCUUGCACACUCUCGCAGUCGCUUGGAAUGGCCGAAGGCCAUGA